UGACUGGAAGUUGCUAACGAUACCCAUGACUGAUGCCAAAUUUCUGAGUCUCUGAUACAUGGGUCCUCUCCUUUUCUUCGACCACCACGUCCUUCAUGACUGAGCAAGAGAGUGGCCAGCUUCCCGAAGUUGGUCAUCAGAGAUGCUAUUGGGCUUUACUUUCUGACCGACUCGAAUUCAUUUAUUUUGAUCCUGUUCUUCAGUACCAUCUUCAAGCACAGGCUGGGAUUUUAUAUGGUCGAAGCUUACUUUCUUUUGUACACCCGGACGAGAGAGAGACGGCUGAAUAUGACCUGGGUGGUGUGUUGCGGGAGCAUUCUUUGCAUGGCAGUAUUACCCGUGUCCGGUUCUUUAGGCUGUCUAAGGUCCGCCAACAGCUGGGCUUCUCGGGACCCUCUGUACCUCUAUUUCCCUCUGCAGAAAGAGUCGUGUUAGACGGACAAUUUAUGGCGGUCGACAUUACGAUCAACUGGGUAGCCGAAGGCCUUGUCCUUUGCUUUAUCCAUGCGUCCGUCGAUAUCGAUCCUGUUGCUGACAAUAAUCACGCCGUAAAAUCCCCUUGGACAAAUUGGUGUGGAACACCAGUCAUGCCAACAGAGCAAAUAGCAUUGUUGUUCGAACGGCUUCUCUGUGCAGUCCCGGAGAUAUCACCCGGACGGAAGUUUCAAAUUCUUUCUAAUAAACCCGGUAGGCCUCUGUUCAUGUCGUGGCCUCCCGGAGCUCCAGAGGAGAAUGCGAAUUGUCGAGCUCUUGUGGAUAAGAUCGACUUUGGACAAGGUCCGAGCGGCGAAAGCAGCCCUUAUUGCUCCAAUCCUGAGGCUAAGACGAACUGUACACGGCGAUUUCUUUCGAGGGGAGAGGUAGAAGCAGGAAUUGAGUCGGAGAGCGUUUUCAUCCCACAUGGGUGUGUGAUUUUCGCGUGCCACAAACUCAGUCCAUUUCCUUCAUCAGCUCCUUCCUCUGCCUCUGACCGCAAGGCCAGCUCUGGUUCUUCUCUGUCUACCCACACCACAUCCACGCCAGCCAUCCCUCUCGCGAGUAUGGGCUACAACAAUUCCUCCGCAUCCUCUUACCCUUUGCCUUCGCAUCAAUCGAGUCAAUCGACCUUCUACGAUCACCACCAUUACUCUCUUCCACCAUUGCAAUCGACAACAUUACCGUCUUCUCCCACCAGUUACUCCUAUCAGCCUUCCCAGCAUCAUCAUGGUUCAUUGACUGCUCCUUACUCCCACUAUUCCGGAAGCUCAUGGAAUACACAACCCACGCAUCCUUCAAUUCAAAGUCUUCGCAGUAGCAGCUACUGGAGCCAUGGCUCUGGAUAUGAAAACGGCCAAGGCGGGCCUCCCCAACUUUCGCUCAACGGUGGACCUCCCCAACCUCACGAUAACUACAAGCCCCUUUCUCCUGCCGGUUAUUCGUCCUACUCGCCCACCACGCCGAGCAGUGCAGGUACCGGUAUAAACGAGGACCACCCUUCUCCCACUUCCGCUUCCUCCAACAGCGUGGAUGUCGUCCCACCGCCUCGGCGAAGGGUUUCACCGACUUCUCGUGAGUUUGGAGGAAAUGGGUCUAGCAAGGAGGGUAAAAGCCAUGGAAACAGACCCGCUGGUGUACCGCGGUGUAGCAGCUGUAAGGCGACCACGAGCCCGGAAUGGAGAAAAGGACCAAGUGGCAAGAAAGAGUUGUGUAAUGCAUGUGGGUUGCGAUACGCUCGUUCUCGUGCUAAGAAAGAGGGACAUGUUCCUUCUUCUGCCCGCCGACGAAAGGAUAAAAUUCUGAAGCCGAGAGAUUCUACCACUCCGCCUGUUUCUCUUUCUGCACCUCCUGGCUCAACCAUGUCGACCUAUUCUCAUUCAUCGGUCGGCCCCUAUCAGCCGUCAUCCACCCCCCCGUACGGUUCCGGCGGCUCAUUGCGCCGAGCAUACCCCCAUAAUAAUAGCUACGAUGAUGGCUUUUCUUCAGGCUCCGGUAGUGACAUUUACGCCCAUCGUAGCAGUUUAGGCACACCUUCACCAUCACCUCCUGCUGGAGGCGCUACUGGUAGCUUUGUGGCUUAUCAAUCUGGUCAUCACUCCGACCACAACGUCCAUGGCACAGCAGCAAGAGCGUACUACGCCUCGUCCAUUCCAUCACCCUUGGCCGCUGUGCCUCCCACGACGAUGUCGUCACAAUCAUUCGACAAUGAGCGCGAUGACUCAGUAGUAGUCAAACGGGAGACUCUACCAACCCCUGUCAGUGUUGAGAGACAGUAUUACGGGACGAGCGCCGCACGAGAGCCUCGGAAUGCUGACUAUUCUCGAUACGAUGUAGUUGAGGGACGUGACGGACGAGAUUACAACAGAGACUUUGAACGAGAAAAUAAAGGACGAGGACUCGUCACUGGUUGAAGCGUCUUGUUUGGCUGUCAGGACUUGUUGCAGCUUGCAUGAAGGCUUCUAUUCGUUCUCCUUCUUGACGUCAAUUGAGGAGCGUUCACCCUCAUGCCUUUGUCAUAAACGGAAGGUUCACUGCAUUGACUUUUGGCCGCAGCUUCUCACCAGAUCACGUUCACAUCAAAGCCCAUUAUGCCUUCUUCGACCCUCUAAAUCCCUACUUUCCUUCCGUUAAUAUUGGUUAUCUUCAUAUUCUAAGUCUCGUUCUAAAGGAACACUAACCUACCUUACGUGUACAUUCUGUCAGUAGAUAUCCAUCACGACUCUCAUUUGAAGUCUAAAGUAUAUUAUUUCCCUCUCUUUACUUCAUAGUGACUCUGGUAUCCCUGUUGUAGCUCUUCUCUUCAGUUCUCUCUCCGUCUUUUUUUUCUUGGCUGAACCACUUAUCGAGUCGUCUCUCUUGUUUGUUGGGUGUAAUUCUAGUGUGGACUAUACAUACCUCUUGUACUGGAAAGCAUGAGUUUGUACUAGCGAAACGGCGUAUAAAUGCAUCC